ACCCGAAAUUAAGAGAGAGAAAGAGAGGGGGAAGUUCAUAUUCCGUGGGCGCCUGGAAACUGCAACCUUUGAAUUGAAAGCGUGGACGAAUCAUACAACCAAACACUAGGCCGGCUUUGAAGAAAGUGCCCCAAAACCGUCAAUACAGUAAUUCUGAAUAAUUAUUUUUAUCAUUAAAAUUAUUAUUCAGAAAAUUCUCAACGCUUGCCACAUAAAAGCAGCAGAAGCCACGAUGCGGAAAUCCGUAGCUGGCAAGCUUAGAAAAGCUCUCGAGCUUUCUUUUCAACACAACCGUCGGUUUCUCUCCUCGUCUCAUUCGCGUUUCUUGUCCUCCACUCCUGUUGUUUUUGAUUCUGCAACUUCUACUUCCAUGGCCGACUCUUCCUCUUCCUCCCAUGCCUCUCCUCCUCUCUCUCUCCAAACCAUCAAUCCCAAGGUUCUGAAAUGCGAGUAUGCUGUUCGAGGAGAAAUUGUCACCCUUGCGCAGAGAUUGCAACAAGAAUUACAGGAAAAACCGGGUUCCCAUCCCUUUGAUGAGAUACUUUACUGCAACAUUGGAAAUCCCCAGUCUCUUGGCCAGCAGCCAAUUACAUUUUUCCGAGAGGUUCUGGCACUAUGUGAUCAUCCAGCCAUUUUGGACAAAAGUGAAACACAGGGCCUCUUCAGUGCGGAUGCAAUAGAGCGAGCUUGGCAAAUUCUUGAUCAAAUUCCUGGAAGAGCAACUGGUGCUUAUAGCCAUAGUCAGGGUAUCAAGGGGUUGCGUGAUACGAUUGCUGCUGGGAUUGAAGCUCGUGAUGGUUAUCCUGCCAAUCCAAAUGAUAUUUUCUUAACAGAUGGUGCAAGCCCUGCGGUCCAUAUGAUGAUGCAAUUGCUGAUAAGGUCAGAGAAGGAUGGAAUCCUUUGCCCCAUUCCUCAGUACCCUUUGUACUCUGCUUCAAUUGCUCUCCAUGGUGGCACUUUGGUUCCUUACUAUCUUGAUGAGGCAUCAGGGUGGGGAUUGGAAAUUUUGGAACUCAAGAAGCAACUGGAGGAGGCCAAGUCCAAGGGAAUUAGUGUGAGGGCCUUGGUUGUUAUCAAUCCAGGAAACCCAACAGGCCAGGUUGUUGCUGAAGGCAACCAGCGGGAUAUUGUGGAAUUCUGCAAGCAAGAAGGUCUUGUUUUGCUGGCUGAUGAGGUAUAUCAGGAAAACGUUUAUGUUCCUGAAAAGGAGUUUCAUUCCUUCAAGAAGGUUUCCCGGUCUAUGGGGUAUGGUGAGGAUGAUAUUGCCUUGGUGUCCUUCCAGUCGGUCUCUAAAGGAUACUAUGGAGAGUGUGGAAAAAGAGGAGGUUACAUGGAAGUUACUGGGUUUAGUGCUGAUAUAAGGGAACAAAUAUACAAAGUGGCAUCUGUAAAUCUUUGCUCUAAUAUCUCUGGUCAAAUUCUUGCAAGCCUCGUUAUGAGUCCACCCAAGGUUGGUGAUGAAUCUUACGAAUCAUAUCGUGCUGAGAGAGAUGGAAUUUUAUCAUCCCUAGCAAGGCGUGCCAAGACCCUGGAAGAUGCCUUCAACAACUUAGAGGGCAUAACAUGCAACAAAGCAGAAGGAGCAAUGUAUCUCUUUCCGCGCAUUAACCUGCCACAGAAGGCAAUUAAAGCGGCGGAGGCUGUAAAAGAAGCACCGGACGCUUUCUACUGUCACCGCCUUCUCAACGCGACCGGAAUAGUUUUUGUUCCCGGUUCUGGCUUUGGGCAGGCACCAGGCACCUGGCAUUUUAGAUGCACAAUACUGCCUCAAGAGGACAAGAUCCCGGCAAUUGUCUCUCGGUUGACGGACUUCCACAAGGGAUUCAUGGACGAGUUUCGCGACUGAGAAAUCCUCGUUUUGUUGGCUUUCUUGAGAUAGUUCAGAAUAAGGUUUAGCCAUUCAUACACAGUAACUUCAUAAUGAAAAAAGCGGGACAUUUUUUUGUACAUUUUUUGGUUAGAGACGUGCGAGUACAUUUGUUGUGUUGAAUGAAGCAAUCAUAUUGUCUGUUGGUUUAUUGAUAA